ACAUUGCUGUAUUAAGCCAGUCCUCGAGCUAGUGUAAAGUACCAUUCAAUCAUGUGGUCACUACCUCUCCUUCGUCACACCGACGUUCCUCCGAAAGUGACAGAAAACUUCAUACUGUCAGGAUACCGCUUUCCCGACUACAGCCUCCUACAGUGCCUGGUGUCUGCCUUCCGGCCCACAAAUGAGACGGGAAACUUCUGGACGCACUUUCUCCCAAUUUUCAUCUUUGGUUUUCACUUCGUAGAGAUGUUCGAAUGGGAAGGUGCACCCACCCCCGGGGAUCCCUUCUUCUACCCGGCUUGGAACUAUUUCUUUGGGGUUUUCUACUUGUUGCUGGCCAGCAGCAUGGCUCAUCUUCUUAACUCCAUGUCACUGAUCAUGCGAGAGAUCUGUUUCUUUGUGGAUUAUGGAACCAUCAGUGCAUACACAGUUGGGUCUUCAUUGGCGUACUAUUACUAUAUUCAUCCACAGGCCGGAAUACCAAAGAAUGGGGAUGAGAUGCAGAAUGCUUCUACAAUGCAGUCAGAGGUAGGAGAGGAUACCUCCGGAUCUUUUUCCUCAAUAUUUUACUUCCUGAAUUUUAAUGUAUUUUUUGAGAACUUGUACAUCCCAUGCUCCUGCCUGGUAGCCAUAAUUUGUGUAAUCACCUGUUGCAACACCAGGCAGCGCUGGAGAAGAUACCGCUAUGCUGUCCGCACUUUAGUUUUCCUCCUACCUUUUUUUAUUUCCUCAACACCGAUUUUCUAUCGCCUUCUCAGCCCAUCUCCGUAUCCUUCCUCAACAGUGGCCUCCCCUUACUCAACAUCAACAAUGGCAAUCUUUUUCUAUAGGCACUGCUUCUGGUUGGUGUUGUCCGCAGUUAUUAAUAUCAGCAAGAUUCCAGAGCGUUUAUCUCCUGGAAAAUUUGAUAUCUGGGGGCACAGUCACCAGUGGUUCCACUGUUGCACUUUCCUGUCUAUACUUGAUGAGCUGCACAUGAUCAAAGUGGAGAUCCGAGCUCUGCUGCUUCACCCUUCUUUGGUCAUAGCGCCCUCUGCGUCUCUCCAGCUUCCUGGCCCAAAUAUCUACACCACAUUUGGCGUGAUGAUGUUGUUACAGGGCUGUAUUGCCUCUAUUAUUUUCUGGUUCGGCAGGUGUGCUUACAAGAUUUAUGCUCCUGAACAGAAAUGCCUAAAGGUGCAGUAAGAGGCAUCAUAAGAGUCAACAGGAAUUAUUAAUUACAAUUCUAUACUAGUAGAGACAAGCAUGCAAUCUUUUGGGGGACAUGCUACUGAUUUCUUGCUGGUAUUUUACAGGCAUCUUUCUCUCUCUAACACACACACACAUACGCGCACACAUAACCACUUUGCCCUCUUUAAAUAGGAAGUAAAGGCUCAAAUAGCUUCAGAGGAAA